ACAUAGAAUCAACAACGAAACACAUACAACGAUCUGAGCGAGGCAGACUCUCCGGGAACUCGCGUGACUGCCAAGGGCGCGAGCCCUUCUACAACAAUGGUCCGCAAGGGUGUAAUCAUUGGUGUUGGAGCUGCGGUGGCCGCGGGUGGAAUCGGCCUCUAUGCUUAUAAUGUCCUGAAGAACAGCAAGAACGGCAGCGACGCGCCGGCGGAGGCCGCUACGGCCACGCGGGAGGCGCCGGCUGCUGCCCCUGCCGCCACCGCACCCACACCCGCGCCUGCUGCUCCCGCUGCGGCGGCCGCGGCCACGCCUGUGGCUGCUGCCCCGGCCGUGCCUGCUGCGCCUGCUGCAGCGGCCGCGCCUGCGCCUGCUGCCCCGGCGUCUUCUAAGCCCGACCUGGUCGUAUCUGUGCUGAAGAGCAACGCAGCCCUGCUCAGCGACAAGGAGCGGGCGCUGGUGGCGGGGCUGUUGGAUCUGGACCAGGGCCACCUGUUUGAGGGCUGGCCGGAGAAGGGCACGGACGACGCUUCCAAGCGGCGGCUGCUGACGCAGCUGUGCGUGCUGGACGCCAGCUAUCACGGCGGGCUGGCGGCCUACGUGGCCAACGCCCGCCAGCUGCUGCGGGACAGCAAGGAGGGCGUGAACCCCUUUGAGGGCUACGUGCCCGCUGUGCCCGCCGGCGAGCGCCUGGACUUCGGCUCGGGCCCCUUCCUGGCGCUGGAGGCGGAGGGGCUUGCGCAGGCGGGGGCAGCGGCCUUCGUGCUCGUGGCGGGGGGGCUGGGCGAGCGGCUCGGGUACAGCGGCAUCAAGGUGGCCCUGCCCAGCGAGUGCGCCACCGGCACUCCCUUCCUGGGGCUGUACAUCCAGACCAUACUGGCGCUGCAGGCCCGCUCCGGCUCCGGUCGCAAGCUGCCGCUGGCCAUCAUGACCAGCGACGACACGCACGGCCGCACGCUGGAGCUGCUGCGGAAGAACAGCUACUUCGGAAUGGAGGAGAGCCAGGUGACGCUGAUCAAGCAGGAGAAGGUGGCCUGCCUCACCGACAACGCCGCGCACCUGGCGCUGGAGCCCACCGACAAGUACUCGGUGCAGACCAAGCCGCACGGGCACGGCGACGUGCACAUGCUGCUGCACUCCAGCGGCCUGGCUCGGAGCUGGCUGGCAGCUGGCUUCAAGUGGGUGUGCUUCUUCCAGGACACCAACGCGCUGGUGUUCCGUGGGCUGCUGGCGGCGCUGGGCGUGUCGGCCCGCCACGGUUACGACAUGAACAGCCUGGCCGUGCCGCGCAAGGCCAAGGAGGCCAUCGGCGCCAUCGCCAAGCUGUCGCGGCCGGCCGGGCCCGAGCCCAAGGAGCUGACCAUCAACGUGGAAUACAACCAGCUGGACCCGCUGCUGCGGGAGACCAUCAGCAAGGAGGGAGACGUCAACGACGCCACGGGCUACUCGCCCUUCCCCGGCAACAUCAACCAGCUGGUGCUGAAGCUGUCCAGCUAUGUGCCGCAGCUGGCGGCCACUGGCGGCGUCAUCAGCGAGUUCGUCAACCCCAAGUACAAGGACGCCACCAAGACGGCCUUCAAGAGCAGCACACGCCUGGAGUGCAUGAUGCAGGACUACCCCAAGGCGCUGCCCGCCUCCGCCCGUGUGGGCUUCACCACCAUCAACCAGGUGUGGGCCUCCUACUCGCCCGUGAAGAACUCGCCCGCGGACGCCGCCGCCAAGUUCAAGGAGGGCAACCCCACACACAGCGCCACCACUGGCGAGUUGGACAUCUACAAGGCCAACGUGUUGGCGCUGCACGAGGUGGCGGGCGUGCAGGUUCCCAGCCCGCUGCAGACCGCCGUGUUCAACGGCAUCUCCACGGAGCUCUACCCGCGGGUGGUGCUGGGGCCGGCGUUUGCGCCCUCGCUGGCCGACAUUAAGGCCAAGGUGGCUCCCGGCUCUCUGGUGCUCAGCCCCGGUGCGGUGCUGGUGCUGGAGGGGGCUGACAUCAGCAUCCAGGGGCCAGUCAAGGUGGACGGGGCGCUGGUGGUGCGGGCGGCGCCGGGCGCCCGCGUGACGCUGGGGCCGCUGGCCGUGUCCAACAGGGGCUGGACCUGGGCACCGCUGGCGGAGGGAGAGGCCGCCAGCGAGGAGGAGCGCAUCAGGGGCUUCAAGGUGGUUCGCACCGAGACCAAGGAGCUGGUCUUUGACAAACCCGGCACCUACACCGCAGCAGACCCAGCCCCCGCACCCGCACCCGCGCCCGCGGUCGCGGCCGCGCCUGCCCCCGCACCCGCGGCUGCCCCCGUGCCGGCGGCUGCCCCCGCUGCCGCACCCGCCGCCACUUCCACUCCCGCGCCUGCGCUAGCGCCAGCGCCAGCGCCAGCGCCGGCGCCCGCCGCCGCCGCCACCACUUCUGGCGGCGGCUCCCCGCCCCACUCCUCCUCGGGGCUCUCCGCAGCUGCCAAGCCCUUCGUGCCCAGUUUUGGCCCGGCCGCCACCGCCCCGGCCGCCGCGCCCGCCGCCUCGACGUCGUCCUCGUCCAAUGGCGCCAAGCCGGCGGCGGCGGCGGCGGCCGCGGCGGCGCCAGCUUCCACCAGCUCCUCAGGUGGCGGCGCUGCUGCGGCGGCGGCGGCGACAUCGCUGAGCAAGAGCGCGAAGAAGAAGCAGAAGAAGAAGAAGCAACGUGUGGCGGCUGCGGCGGGCGGCUCCAGUGGCGGAGCGGCGGAUGGCGAGGGCGAUGAGGAGGGGGGCGAGGAGGGCGACGAGGAGGCGUCUUGAGCGGCGGGUGUGUGGGCGCGUUGAGAGUCGCGUGUGGGAGGGGAGUUGUGGGGCGUGGGCAGGAGAGGCGGUCUUGGCAUCCGUUGCAAAGACCCAUAUUGCUACAUUGUUUUAGUGCAUUGUGAUGAGGAGCAGAAGGGUUUACGGCUGAGGGCAGGGAUGCGUGUUUUAUGACACCAAGGGCAAGGGCAAGGGUACCUUGCAUUGAGACGAGUUGUGAAGACAGAUCAGAUGAGGCGCCUGCGUGCGUGUAGUAUCAUAUGCCUGGUUGCGAACUGAGGAUGUGCUAGAUUGUACUUAGUGCUAGGCUAAAGGGUGGAUCGGGCUUUCGUUGAUGGUUCGGGGAUGUUGAGUGCCACGAAACGGACGCAGACUGGAUAACAUCGACUAACACUUUUGAGCCCUUGGCACAUCACAUGAGAGCUUAGGACGGCCCGGGAGGUGCGGCGGAUACGGCUGGUGCCUGCUUGGCUGGUGCCUGCUCUUGCGGCGUUGCGGGUGGGGAGUGGAUGUGAAACCGCGUGUGUCAACGAGUCUGACGCCUGCGUUCGCGGAGCGCCUGAGAUGCAAAUAUGAACGAGUAAGCUGUGAUAUGUUCGAUUGACUGCUUCUGGCCAAGCUGGUCGAGGGCUGGCGAUUGGAACCACCUGUAGCGGCGACAAGCUCGUAUGCCACAAGACACAGGCCGGGUGUUCUCGCCCAUACUCGCUUUAUACAUGCGAGAAUAUACACAUAUGCACACUCUGACAC